GAAAAUCGUCCAGGUGCAUUCCUCUCUGAAUCUCCCCCUCCUUAUUCGUCAAACCCACGCAUUUCUCUCUCAUAUUUGUAAAAUAUAUGUAGUAUUUGUGAGCUUGUAAUUUCCACCCAGCGUUCCAAUUAUUGGGUUUAUUUUUUGAGAUUUAUUCAUUUUCAUGGAAGCUUUAUCAACAAUUUCCCAGUCGACGUCUCGCCGAUCGGUGCACCACCAGCACUGUUUCUGUUUAUGUUGCUGCCGUUACUGUUACUGUCAACUCUGUUGAAAAGGGUGGGGGUUAGGGUUUCUGUUUGAAUUCUAAAUUUAAAGUAUCAUUGACAUAAACUUUAUUUUGCUGCUUUUGGUUGUAUCACUCUAAUGGAUUUUACUCAAUCGCCACCGAGUAAAAGUCUCUCGUUAGGGUUUUUAUCGCAUUCAUCGGUGGUUACUGCACCGAAUGGUAGUAAGAAUGAUCGAGGCUCGAAAAUCGUGGAUGACUCGAUUUCCUUCCAAAUCGAUUCCACGAUUGAGGAAAUGGCGCAUCCGUUGUCUUCUAUCCCACUCCAAUUGAUGGACCAGCAAACGGAGGAUCAUCAUAACUGCCAAGAAGAGAAUUCGAACAAAGAGAAAAGAGAAAGUGAGAAAGUUGAAGAGGAGAAAGAUGUGGAGGAGUUUCGGUUUUGGGGGCAUUCAAUGUGUUUGAAGAGGAAGCGGGACUGUGAUUCAGCGUCAUCAACAUCGUCCUCGCCUGCAAAGAGUCUCAGGGGUCCCUCAGAUGAGCUUGAAUUGCGUAGGAAUGCUGUCAGGGCAUGGGGGAAUCAGAGCUUGCGAGUUGCUGAUUCAGAUGUUUUUGAAAUAAUGGAGAAGGAGAAGAUGAGGCAAUAUAGAGGAAUUGAAUUAAUUGCCUCAGAAAAUUUUGUUUGUAAAGCUGUAAUGGAGGCUUUGGGGAGCCAUUUAACUAAUAAAUAUUCUGAAGGGAUGCCCAGGUCACGAUACUAUGGUGGAAAUCAGUAUAUUGAUGAGAUUGAGAUACUCUGUUGUGAGCGUGCAUUGACUGCUUUUGGGCUUGAUUCUGAGAGUUGGGGUGUGAAUGUGCAGCCAUAUUCGUGUACAUCUGCAAAUUUUGCGGUUUACACUGGGUUGUUAUUGCCCGGUGAUAGGAUAAUGGGGUUGGAUACCCCUUCUGGUGGGAACACAAGUCACGGCUGCUAUCUGCCAAAUGGGAGAAAGGUGUCAGGGGCAUCAAUUUUCUUUGAGAGUUUGUCUUAUAAGGUGAAUCCUCAGACAGGAUAUAUUGAUUACGAUAAGCUGGAGGAGAAGGUGGUUGAUUUUCGUCCCAAGAUAUUAAUAUGUGGUGGAAGUUCAUAUCCUCGGGAGUGGGAUUAUGCUAGGUUCAGACAGAUUGCUGAUAAAUGUGGAGCUGUUUUGUUGUGUGACAUGGCUCAGAUUAGUGGUCUUAUUGCUGCUAAGGAGUGCAUAAGUCCAUUUGAAUUCUGCGAUAUUGUUACCUCAACCACCCAUAAAAGUCUUCGAGGUCCGAGGGGAGGUAUUAUUUUUUACAGGAAGGGCCCAAAGCCGAGGAAGAGAGGCAUGCUUUUGAAUCAAGGUGAAGGCAGUGAUAGAUAUGAUUUUGAGGAAAAGAUAAACUUCGCAGUUUUCCCAGCACUUCAAGGUGGGCCACACAAUAACCACAUUGCAGCUCUAGCUAUAGCAUUGAAACAAGUGGCCACUCCUGAGUACAAGGCAUAUAUGCAGCAGGUGAAGAAAAAUGCUCAGGCUUUAGCAUCUGCUAUAUUAAGAAGAAAUUGUAGACUAGUCACUGGAGGCACCGACAAUCAUUUGUUGCUUUGGGAUCUUAGAAACCUUGGAUUGACAGGUAAAAAUUUUGAGAAGGUUUGUGAGAUGUGUCAUAUAACUCUCAAUAAGGUCACUAUCUUUGAUGAUAAUGGCAAUUUAACACCUGGUGGUGUAAGGAUUGGUACGCCUGCAAUGACGUCUAGAGGCUGUCUGGAGGCUGAUUUUGAGAUGAUGGCUGACUUUCUCCUCAGAGCAGUACAGAUUGCAAGUUCUGUGCAGCGAGAACACGGGAAAGUGCCAAAAUCUUUUCUUAAGGGACUUGAGAGCAGCAAAGAAAUUGUCGAGCUAAGAACAAGAGUUGAAAGUUUCGCGUCCCGGUUUGCAUUGCCAGGAUUUGAUAUCUAAUUUCUUUUGCAAGUGUGAAUGGAAGAACAUAUUCCUAUGUCCAAAGGCUGACUUAUCUCUGUUAUACAUCUGGAUAAAUACCAACAUUCAACUUGUAUCUGAGCAUUUGUGAAGAUAUAGCCACUCUGCGCUCUAGCUUGAUUAAUCAUGAUAGGCUCCAUUUCACCUCUAUUCAUGGUAAACUGCACAUGCUGGGUGGUGUGUCUAGUCUUUUUUCUUCGCAUCUUGUCGAUGAAGAUAAUCUAUGGUGGCUGAUCCCCGCAACACCUCUUAUAUUGAGUCAUUUUUGGCAACAUUGGUAAUUGUAUAUGAAUUUUGUUACUUUGGGAACACAAUACUCCUUAUCGUCUAUUGUUUUGUCUGUUAAACUCGACUCGGGGUCCAUAAUUUAAGAUAUUAGGUCUCACUUUGUUGUUUAAUUGCCAGAAUACAUGUUAUUUGUGCAAAAUA